AUGGCUCAGGCGCUAGUAGCAUACCCAGCACCUAACGAGCUGCCCAAGGAGCAAUGGAGUGCGGAUGCUUUGUCAGGGAAUGAGCCUUCUGACGAUGUAGCUCGGCCUGACAUAGAAUGGGUCCCUUCUUUCAAGACAUACAAAGCCCGUGUUGAGGCUCUCGCCGCCCUUGGACUUGACCGUCCUACUACCCUCCCUGCUGGAUGGCCAGAAGAGGUUACCACAUCACGAGUCUGGUCCAAGUCUGACUUUACGUCGGAGAGCCAGUAUGUUGUUGAGUUUAGCAAAGCUGAGAUUGCGGAGAUCGAAGCAGGGCUUGCUCACUUUAAGGGCCUACCUGGAGAGCUCGGCCCGGAUGAUGUCUCUCAAAAAACGUAUCCUCUUCCGACUCUAGCUACCAAGUUAGACGAAAUCUCUGUGUCCAUUCAUAAUGGCAUAGGCUUUGCCAUUCUACGUGGCCUUGAGCCGAAGAAGUACUCCAAACUUGACAACGUCUUGAUAUAUCUCGGCAUUACCAGCUACAUUGCUGAGACUAGAGGCUGUCAGGAUUAUGAUGGUCGAAUGCUCGUCCACAUUCAGGACAUUCAGGAAGAACUUCGCAAGUAUGGAAAGCGCGGCCCUUUCUCGCCGUACCAUUCACGCACUCAGCCAUUCCACACCGACCGUUGUGAUAUUUUGGCUCUGUACGCUAUGGACGUUGCACCCAUGGGGGGCGAAUCUUUUCUUGCGUCCUCAGCUAAGAUCUACAACGAGAUUGCCAAGGAGAGACCCGAUGUUAUUCACACUCUGAUCAAGGAUGACUGGGUGUUCGACGAGUGA